GGGAGGCAGAGGUUGCAGUGAGCCAAGAUCUUGCCACUGCACUCCAGGCUGCGUGACAGAGCGAGACUCCAUCUAAAAAAAAAAAAGAAGCAGGGUUAUAAUGAUCUCAGACGGUAUUUAGACAUUUUCCCAGAGGUCUGCGGAGCAGCCUGCAGGUUUUUGCCUUCCGAUCCAGAGAGCUACCAGUCCAGCCCCUGUAUGUGGUAGCUUGGUGGCACUGGGGAUUUUGUAGUUCUUUUGUGGUACAGUUUUCCCUUUCUUGCAGGAAGUCGCAUCUUCUUCAGCUGUUUCUCUAUUAAGAUGACCCUUCACACAUCAGUUUCUGUUUGCUUUGGUUGCUGUUGUUGCUUCCUAGCCAUUCUUCAUUUAAUUCUACAUACCGUGUUCUUAAUAUUAAAUUCGCUUAUUAUACCUUCAACCACAUGUGGAGUUGCUCAAUUCUUCCUUACAGGAAAAUUCCAAAUAUUUGUUGGAGCUGCUUUUGAUUUCUUUCAAAACAAUUCCCUCUGAGGGGUUUAGAGUUGAUGUUUUCUUUUGUGUCCUCCCUGCUAUGUGAGCCUGCUGUUGGGCAGGAAGUUAACUCUCUUUUCCCAGGGAAACAGCUUGGAUGAAAAGACUGGCACAUUUUCUAUUCAUUCCCAUCAGUUGGCUCUUAUCUGACAUGAACUGGGCAGCAUCUAAAUGUGUCUUUCUUGAUUUUGUUGUCUUUCUGCAUAGAGCAUAUCUUGUGAAAACAGAAAUAUCCAUGUAAUGGUUUUCUCUUGUAGUGACCUUUUGAAAUUGCUUGAGCAACACAGAGAUAAUGGACAGGGGUCCCUGGGUGAAGCACCUAGAGGCUGGAAAGCUGAUGGCAAAGCUGGAGCGUGAGGCAGGGAGGGGACAAACACAGUGCAAAGGCAGGAGGACAGCUGUGCUCUGUAUUGGCCUAAUUACAAGGACUUGCACUACAGCCAGAAUCAGCCAGCAAAUGCAGAGAUAAGCUUUUGUAAAGAAACUAAAAGAAAGGGAAAAGAGGAAGUAAAGAAAAGAUCUCUUUUCAGAUAGGGAGCCAGUUGGACACUUAAGAGCAAGGAACAUCCCAUUUCCUGUUUGUGAUUAUUCCCUGGGCCUGAAUGACAAGGUUGUUUCCUCCCGUGAGCUAACAGUCCAUGUGGGUGAUUCAGCUCUGAUGGGAUGUGUUUUCGAGAGCACAGAAGACAAACGUAUGAUCAAGGUAGACUGGAUGCUCUCAUCAGGAGAGCACGCCAAGGAUGAAUAUGUGCUGUACUAUUACUCCAAUCUCAGUGUGCCUACAGGGCGCUUCCAGAGCCGCGCAUGCUUGGUGGGGAACAUCUUACGCAAUGAUGGUUCUCUCCUGCUCCAAGAUGUGCAAGAGGCUGACCAGGGAACCUAUACCUGUGAAAUCCGCCUCGAAAGGGAGAGCCGGGUGUUCAAGAAGGCGGUGGUUCUGCACGUGCUCCCAGAGGAGCCCAAAGAGUUCAUGGUCCGUGUGGGUGAAUUGACUAAGAUGAGAUGUGUUUUCCAGAGCACAGAAGAAAAACACAUGACCAAGGUAGAAUGGAUGUUUUCAGGACAGCAUGCCAAGGAGGAGAUUGUGUUACGCUACUCCCACAAACUCGGGAUGACUAGACAGUACUCCCAGAGCUGGGGCCACUUCCAGAAUCGUGUGGAACUGGUCGGAGAUGUUUUCCACAAUGAUGGUUCCAUCGUGCUUCAAGGAGUGAGGGAGUCUGAUGGAGGAAUCUACACCUGCAGUAUCUACAUAGGGGACCUGGUGUUCAAGAAAACCAUUGUGCUGCAUGUGGACCCGGAACAACCUCGAACACUGGUGACCCCGGCGGCCCUGAGGCCUGUGGUCCUGGGUGGUAAUCAGCUGGUGAUCAUCGUGGGGAUUGUCUGCGCCACAAUCGUGCUGCUCCCUGUUCUGCUAUUGAUCGUGAAAAGGACCUGUAGGAAUAAGAGUUCAGUGAAUUCUACAGUCUUGGUGAAGAACACAAAGAAGACUAAUCCAGAGAUGAAAGAAGAACCCCGCUAUUUUGCCCGCUAUGAAGGGGAGAAACAUAUUUACUCCUCAAUAACUACACGGGAGGUGACUGAGGAAGAAAAACCAAGUGAAAACUCAGAGUCCGCCUACAUGACCAUGCACCCAGUUUGGCCUUCUCUGAGGUCAGAUCAGAACUCACUUGAAAAAAUGUCAGAUGGGGGAAUGCCAAAAACACAGCAAGCCUAUUGAGAAGAAUGGAGAGUCCCUUCAUCUCAGCAGUGGCAGAGACUCUCUCCUCUGUGUGUCCUGGGCCACUCUACCAGUGAAUUCAGACCCCCACCCUCCCAGCUGUCCUCCUGUCUUGUUUGGUCAAAGCGCUGAAGAUGGAGAGUUUGGGGCCUGGCAGAGAGACUGGACAGCUCUAGAGGAACAGGCUUUGAUGAUGGGAGGGGGGCAUGGACUUGGCCUCUGGAAUGGGACACUGGCCCUGGGAACUGGGCUGAGCUGAAUGGCCUCAAGCCCCCCAUUGGAUCAGACCCUCCUGUGAGCUGUGUUUUUAGUGGAUGAGUUACUGAGAAGAAGCAGAGAUAAAAACCAACCCAAAUCACUCCUCUGGAACAUUAUUUCUAAAUAAAUGUGGUUUGUGGAAAUC